AACGCAUUGAAGGAAUUGCAGCUCGACUGCGUUGUAGAAGGUUUCACACAAAGAAUGGAUAAAUAACAAGCUGGGGGAUCGUAAAUACAAAAACGCACAUGAAAUUGACGACAAAAUGAAUGCACCAAAAACAAACGAAAGGUUUGAAUCUACAUUUUUUUUUUUACUUUGGAAGGAGGAGUUUGAAAAAGUUUGAAGACGGGGUCUGAAUGUAGAAAGUUAAGUAGACUAAAGAAGCUGAGAUCGCAUAUUUUGGAUGACCGUUUCCAGAGGAAAGUGGAGGACAGAAACAGAAGGAAAGAUGCUAUGCCUGUGUAAACCGUGAUCAGGCAGGUAUGCAGUUGAACCGACCGAAGAGCGCUUUAGUGACGAGCUUCAGCCCGCCGAUGGCCCCGGAGACCGCAGCCAGUACCGGUUCCUUCUCCAGACAGUUCAAAACUAUGCGCUUCUCCUACCACAUCAGCCGCAGCAUGGCAAGGCCACAACCGCCGCUGCGCAGGAUACGCCCGUCCUCCUCCAGUCCUCGGCUGAUGACUAAGAGCCUAUCCCUGGAGCCUGGUGCUCACGGUGCUUGCCUCGGGGCCCACGACGACGACUCAGACACCCAGACAGAGACCCCUCGCCUAAGCUCAGACCCCGGCCCUCAAACCUCCGGGCCACUGGGUCUGCAACCCCCCGAGACCCUGCUGCACCCCGCUGGACACGGCUGUAACAGAGGAGACAAUGAGAAUGGAACUCCUCAAGAAGUGCCCUCCGCCGCCCUCAAGACACGCCCUCCCUUACCUGGGCCUAAACCACAAGUGCCCCCAAAGCCUCCUCACCUGCAGCAGAGUGCUGGUGCUGCUAGGCCACGCCCCCGCGCCCCAGACAAGCCCCUCCCUCUGCCUCCACCCUGUAGACCUCUACCUGCAGACCCCAGAGGGGGAGGAGCCAGCCAACCCCCAACACUCCCUCGCGUUGAGGGAAGCUCCUCCCCCACCGCAUGCGUGCACUCCCUCAUCGAGAAGUUUGAGAGGUGAGA